AAUCUUUAAUGAACAACAAAUUGAAUAAAAAUAAUGUAAAAACAUUUUUCUCCUCUCCAGUAAAAAAUAAUUGUAUGUCUCACUACUGAAGCUAGUGCACGGGAUGUGGGACCGGCUGCCAGCAAGACCAUUCGUUGUUUACACACUCUCCAUAAUUUUUCCACCUCGUCACCUUCAACUCCUCUAUUUUUAACUCCCGCGCUUCUUUCUACCUUGAGUUACAAUUCGCAUCCAGGGCCGGGUAGAUGAUGAUAAAGUCUUGAUACUAGAUCAUGUCCAUUGCUUGAUAAUGAUAAUGAAUCAUGAUGAAUGGCUCUUUACAUCUGUGACAGAUGGUUGUUACCAGUUUUAAUUUAAUCCUCUAGGUAUUGCUAACAAAUAGCCUGUGUGGUGUCAGGGGAACAAGAAAUUACAUUUAUGAUUUCACCAUAUUAUGUGGGAAAAUGCUUGAGAACAGGCAAACCAAGUAAGUUAAGUCCAUGCCAUAAACAUCUAACAUUUUCAGAACUUGUUUCAUGAUACAUGCUUUUUUUGGGUGUUUUUUUUUUUCCAGGUGACUUUCAAGAAUACUAAAAGGCCAGUAUGUGUGAACUUUGUGUGAAAGAAGAGUACCCAGACAGGGACACCUUAUGUGUGGAGCAGGGGUCGUACAUGAUCAACUUUGUCAAGUGCAGUAGCUGUGGUCAGCAGGGUCUCAGGACAUCAAAUCGCAAGUGCAAUGACUCUGAGGAGGAAGAGCUUAUCACAUAUGAACACGUAUGUUCUAGCUGUGAGCAUGUUAUUGCACAGCACGAGUACACCUUCAAGGUCGAUGGAGAUUUUCAGAUAUAUGAGAUGUCAUGUCUGCUUUGCGGCUCGGCUGAGGACCAGCGCAGCAUCAUGCCAGUGGAUCCCCGAGGGCCAGCCAUGUAGCGGAGUGCAUCACCACCUCUCAUGAUUUUGUCUGCGGCAGGGUGUGUGGUGAGACUGAGAGAGACACGUGGAGAGAGAUCACGUGAGAUGUGGGGAUGUGAUGCUGAUAUUUGAUAUGUGGAAAUAUGUUUUGCUGUAGAAGUGAAAGGGAAAGAAAGUGAGUAAAUGGAAA